AUGCCCCAAGGCCAUGGGACAAGGCACUCCCACCCCACCAGGAGCAGCAUAAAAACCGGCCCAGAGCCUCUCUCCCUCACACAUUUCUCCUCACAGCUUCUCCUCCUGCUCCUGCCAACAACCAGGACCCUCCACACCACACCCAUGGCCUGCAACAGCCUCUGCCGACCCUGUGGACCCACCCCGCUGGCCAACAGCUGCAACGAGCCCUGUGCCCUGCAAUGCCAGGAUUCCCGCGUCAUCAUCGACCCUGCCCCUGUGCUGGUGACCCUGCCAGGACCCAUCAUGACCUCCUUCCCCCAGAACACCGCCGUCGGAUCCACCUCCUCGGCUGCCGUGGGCACUGAGCUCAGUGUGCAGGGACAGCCCAUCUCGGGUGGAUUUGGUGCCUUUGGCUACGGCCUUGGCUAUGGCCGUGGCUUUGGCUACGGCCUGGGAGGCCUGGGCUGCUACGGCAGAAGGGGCGGCUACAUCUGCUGAGGGCCCUCAGCACCACUCCUGACACCAACCACCCACUCCCUGCAACACAUCCCAGGCACUGAGGACGCCUCUCUGGGCCAAGGCUCUCCAAGGGGCUCAGCACUUCCAGCUCCUGCUCUCAGGGCUCCAAGCAAGGCAGCAGCCAAGGGGCCAGCCCGGGCUGCCUGCAAACAUGGCCCAUCUGCCUCCUGCUCUUCUCCCACUCCGUGUUCCCUGCUCUCUGCUCUCC